CGGUUUCUCCUUUUUUUCUCUUUGUUUCUCAGGUCAGCUUUGAACAUCAAUUCGAAAGAUUGUCUUCCGGAAGCUCUCUCACACCAUGUCUGAGAAACAUACGGCGGAGGUCUCCCACCUGGACUCGUCCGAGGUCCAGGUCAAGGGGGUCCACAAUGCGGCGUUGGCAGUGGCCACCAUCCAGCAGAAGCCCAGUCUGUGGAGCAAGAGCAUGCUCAAGCUGUACUGCUGUAUCGCGGUCGCCAUGCUCAACUCCUGCAUCAACGGUUACGACGGUUCCCUGAUGGGCUCGAUCAACAGUUAUCCCCAGUACCGCGAUUACUUCGGGUUCGACCCGGACGCCGGUACCCCCUCGACCGGUAUUGUGUACGCCAUCUAUACCAUCGGAAACAUCGUCGGAUCGUUCACGGCCGGUCCCUUCACUGAUUUCAAGGGACGACGAGUCGGCAUGGCGAUCGGCGCCAUCUUCAUCAUCAUCGGAACCUGCGUGCAAGCCUCGUGCCACAACCUGGGCGGAUUCAUGGGCGGCCGCUUCCUGCUGGGAUUCGGCGUGGCGACCUCGGCCACUGCCGGACCGGCCUACGUGUCGGAGAUGGCCCACCCGGCCUACCGCGGUGCCAUGACGGGUCUGUACAACGUGCUGUGGUUCGGGGGUGGUAUUCCGGGCACCUUCAUUCCCUGGCGCACCAGCCACAUCCAGAGCGACAUGAGCUGGCGGAUUCCGAUCUGGCUGCAGAUGGUGUUCUCCGGGCUGGUGUUGUGUUUCGUUUACUUCCUCCCUGAGUCCCCCCGUUGGCUCAUGUCCCACGACCGCCACGAAGACGCCCUCAACGUGCUGGCCGAAUACCACGGCGAGGGCGACCGCAACGCUCCGAUCGUGCAGCUGGAAUACCGGGAGAUGAUGGAGGACAUUUCCAAGACGGGGUCCGACAAGCGGUGGUGGGAUUACCGCGAGCUGUUCAACACGCGCGAGACGCGGUAUCGGUCCAUGCUGGUGAUCUUCAUGGCUCUCUUCGGCCAAUGGUCCGGCAACGGCCCCGUCAGCUACUACUACCCGCAGAUGCUCCGCGGCGCGGGGAUCACCAGCAACAACACGCAGCUGCUGCUGCAGGGCUUGCAGAACGUGGUGUCGCUGAUCGGGGCGGUGUCCGGGGCGUUGCUGACGGACCGGUUCGGGCGGCGGCAGCAGCUGCUGGUGUCGACCAGCCUGGUGGUGGUGCUGUUCAUCAUCGUGACGGCGCUGAACGCGACCAACGUCGUCGACGGGCCCGACGGCACCCCGACCGCCAAGAGCGGCAUCACCGCGCGCGCCCAGAUCGCCAUGAUCUUCAUCUUCGGCUUCGUCAUCUCCGCCGGCUGGACCCCCAACCAGGCCAUGUACCCCGUCGAGUGUCUGCGGUACGAGUCCCGCGCCAAGGGCAUGGGCAUGAACAACUUCUUCGUCAACAUCGCCUCCUUCUACAACACCUUCGUCACCGGCAUCGCCUUCACCCGCGCCGGCUGGAAGUACUACUUCCUCUUCAUCUUCUGGGACACCCUCGAGGUCAUCGUCAUCUACUUCCUAUUCGUCGAGACCAGCAAGCGCACCCUCGAGGAGUUGACCGAGAUCUUCCAGGCCAAGAACCCAGUCAAGGCCUCGCUGAAGCGCGAUGAGGUGCUCGUGUCGGGCGGGGAGGCGACGCAGAUCAGCAAGGAGACGGAGGCGUGAUACGCUGGGGGGUGGGUUGAAUGAGGAGUAGUGGAGGAGUAAUGGGA